CAUAUUGAUUAAACAUGAUAUUUCAGAUUUGAGAGCGCAGAAUCCAAAGUGCGCAUCGAUUACAAUCAUGUUGCGGUUGCUCUGGAAAGCACCCAUUUUACUAGGACCACCAGAACAGGUGACACUAUAUUGUUGAGAACUUUGAGGCUUUUGCGCCAGAAUGACUCAACAACCAACGGCUACAUAGGCAACUCAACGUUGUGUUAUUUUUCGUUUUGUCCUGUUCGUUCCUCGUAGUUUAAAAAGGAAGUGGUACUAAUUGUGUGCUAUCGUUUCACUUCCGUAUUUCGUUUGACGUCUAACUCCCGUGUUAACGUUAGUUGUACACCACUUUUUCGGUAUGAAGAGGAUAACAAAGUGGGGUCAAUUAUAUAAAACACGCAACGAUUCGGACUCAAGUUCGGUCCUGGAAAACUUCAAUGGCAAGCUACCUAUGCUCCCUCUGGAAGUCCUGGAGGAGAUACUGCUGAAUGUACAUCCACACCAGGUGGUGUGUGUCUGUCGACUGGUCUGUCAUGAGUGGAAAGAAGUAGUAGACAGUGAUUCUCUUUGGAGAGAGAGGUGCCGAAGAGAGGGAUACCAGACAUAUGAUGCCACUAAACUACCUGAAGACUGGCGUUUAUUUUACUUCUUGUGUAAGAAGAGACGUAAUCUUAUCAAAAAUCCCGGAGCAGAGGAUAAAUUCAAUGGCUGGCAGAUAAUGAAGAAUGGAGGGGAUCAAUGGAACAUAGAGUCAGGGGAACUUAAUAACACGGCCACAAAAUACUUUGUGACUUCUUACGCGACCUGCAUGAAGUCUCAGCUGAUUGACUUGGAGGAAGAGGGUUACAGGCCUUCUUUAAUGGAUGCCUUUCAGCCUGCCAUAGUAAUAUCUGACUGGUAUGCUCCACGCUGGGACUGUGGCUCUGAAUAUGAGAUCUGUGUUGAGUUGCUAAAUCAAAAGAAGAAGCCAAUUAGGAAGUUUAGUCCAGAUGCUGUCAUCUUUCAACAGUGGAAUGAUCAGAAAUGGAAUCAGAUGACUCAUGUGUUCAAGAAUUAUGGACCAGGAGUGCGAUACAUCCGAUUCAUUCAUGGGGGAAAGGACACUCAGUUCUGGGCCGGCUGGUAUGGAAUAAGGGUCACCAACAGUAGCGUUGAGAUCUGCCCAUCAGUGGACAGAUAGCUUUCGGGGUGUUGCCAACCUCCCAAGAGGUUACAUGUGAACGUUGUGCCUACUUGAAAGCUUUACUUUAGCAUCUGAAAUCUCCCUUAGAAUACUUUUGUGUAUACCUUGUUCCAGCUUUUCUGUCUUAGGCAAUAUGUUGUUUCUCUGUAGAUAUAGACUAUUUUGGCUGUAGAAUAUAUAAUUUGUGUCCAUCUCUGAAUUGUACAGACCAAUACAAAUAUGCACUCUAUAUGCCUGGAAUACAUUGAAGCCAUAAACAAAGACAGACAGGCCAAGGAGAGAAAGGAAAGUGCUAACUUGAAUGUAAUUUCGUAUGUAUAUAAACGUCUGACCUACUUUGACAAAUGCCACAC